AUGACUGGAGUCGUCACGCCUGAUAAUGUCGUCCAAUUUCGAGGUAUACCUUACGCUACGAUCCCAGCACGCUUCAAGCAGUCAAUCCUAGCACAACCCCCCUUGGACACCAAUGGAGACUUCACCAAGCAUGGCUACCAAUGUCCCCAAACUUAUGGCGUCGACACUCAUAACGGCGGCCCAUUCCCGGGAGAGGUGUACCCACCAGCGACAGACGAGUUCAAGUGUCUAAUCCUGCAACUCAACAUACCUCUUAGAUGUCUCGAAUCCACUUGCCACUCUUCAAAGCUCCCUGUUUUAGUCUAUAUACAUGGUGGUGGUUUCGUUGUUGGCAAGAUUGACGAGCAGCACAAUACAGCUCUGAUGGUGGAACAAUCACUCUUCGACUCCCAGCCCAUCAUCUCAGCGAGCUUCCAGUACCGAUUGGGUGCACUGGGUUAUCUGCACACACCCGAGCCUGGAAACGCGAACCGUGCCCUGAACGACCAGCGAAAUGCACUAAUCUGGAUCCAGCGGUUCAUUGGCGGAUUUGGAGGUGAUCGUGAGAAAAUAACCGUCUUUGGAGAGUCUGCAGGCUCCAUGUCAAUAUGCGCUCACAUGCUUUCUCCUCCGCCAGCUUCGGGGCCGCUUUUCAAAAGGGCGAUCCUGAUGUCUGGAAUUAUUGGUCCAACAUCAGCACCUGCCUCAGUCAAAGUAGCUGGACAGAUGUACGAGACCUUUUUAGCGAAAUUCGACAUUCAAGAGCAAGGAGAAGCCGCUUUGAACCAGCUUAGGGAGUUGGGUAUAGAGAAGAUCGUUGAUGCGACUGCGGAGCUCAGCGACGAAGGGUGGAUGUGGCUUUCCGUGCAGGACCAGGAGUGGUUUGGGAAAGACACGGGUAUUGUGACGUGGGACAGAGUUCCAGAAUUGAUUGGAAAAUGCGAGUGGGUAGACGAUAUCGUUCUUGGGACUACGAGUUUCGAGGGCACCACGUUUAUGGCAAGAGUCGCCGGGGUCACUCCGCAGGCAUUCCUCGCAGGCAUUACAGAACAGCUGGGCGAAGAAAGUGCUGAGCUAGUUGGUCAAGCUUACAAGAUCACCUCAGACAUGGACCAGAACCUUUUCACGACAAGGGCACUACAGUGGGUGGGCGAUGUAAUCUUCGAUGCACCCAAUCACUGCUUGGCGAAGUAUCUUACGACGCAUACCAACAAGAAGGUGUAUCGCUACAUCUUUGAUGUCCGCAACCCCUUCCCGUGUAAUACUCUCUAUCAACAAGCCCAUCAUUGGGUCGACAUGUACUAUGUCUUCAAGACGUUCCAAUUCAGAUACCCUACACAGAAACUGAAAGACAUAUCUACGCAGCAUGCGCGACUCUGGAUUGAUUUCGCGAAUGGAAAGAUGCCUUGGAGGGAGUACAAGUAUACCGGCAAUGGGGACGAAAAAAUUAUAGUAGCAGAUGAGAGGGAUAGCUGGGUAGAGAGGACGGUUGCGGAAGAAGAGAAGAUUUUAGGGACUACUUGGCGGAGGUGCGAAGCUCUUGUUGCUAGUUGGAAGAACAAGAUGGGGCAGUCCUUCGUUCCACUGGACAUUGCUCCUUUGAAAGGGAAGAAACUGACCUGA